AAGUGCCUAUCAGCUGGAGCCAGGGCUGCUCUCCUCCCCCUCCCAGCUCACAGAGAAGGCUGAGCAGUGCUUGUUGGUGCAUGUGCUGUGUGUGGAAGGAGCUGACAAGUGCACAUCCCUGCAUGACAAAGGCACAGCUGAUGUGGAGCCUCUCUCCUCCUGUCCCCCCCUGGACCACAGGCCCCCUCUCACCAUGCUUAGCAGUGCAGACCUGGACUGCCUCCACCACAUCUCUGUCCUCUGCAUGGUUAAUGUUUUGUCCAUUGGAUGGAUAGAUACGGCGUACUCCUUUGCAGCCGCCUGCGGGGGUAAACUGGAACAGCACACAGAGAGGCGAGGAGUCAUAUAUAGUCCAGCCUGGCCCCUAAACUAUCCGCCUACCAUGAAUUGCAGCUGGUACAUACAAGGAGAUCACGGCGAUGUUAUAACGAUAAGUUUUAAGAAUUUUGACCUAGAAGAUUCCCACAAGUGUUCAGUCGACUGGUUGUUGAUCGGCCCGUCUUCGAAACGGGAAGAGUACAAGGUCUGUGGCUCCACCACCCCUCCAGCUUUUACCUCGUCAAGGGACCAUGUCUGGAUAUUUUUCCAUUCUGAUGCUACGAGCUCAGGGCAAUCUCAGGGAUUUCGUCUGUCCUACAUCAGAGGAAAAAUAGGUCUGACGUCCUGUCCAGCUGAUGAGUUCCUGUGUGGAAAUGGGAAGUGUAUCCCUAAUACGUGGAAAUGUAAUUCUAUAGAUGAGUGUGGAGACAACUCCGAUGAGAGAAAUUGCUCAAUACCUUCCACUGAGACGCGCACCAGUCUGUGUCGCGUUGGCACCUUCGCAUGCAGUACGGCGCAAUCUACGCAGUGUCUGCCCAACGAGCUCCGCUGUAACACAAUUAAAGACUGCAGUGAUGGAUCGGAUGAGGAUAACUGCCCCGAUCUGUCAUGUGGUGGAAAGCUGAGUAAUUUUUACGGUUCCUUUGCUUCACCAGACUUUUUUCGUCCUGACCACAGCCGGUCAGACAUUCAGUGUACUUGGUAUGUAGACACUCAGGAUAACCGGCAUAUCAUCCUUCAAAUGGAUUUACAGCUGGGAUACAGUGACUUUGUGAAAGUUUACGAUGGCAUUGGUGAGAAAAGUGACAGACUCUUGCAGACGCUAACUGUACGCAACAACAGGCACACGGUUAACGCAGAGUCUCCAAAUGGCCAACUCACUCUGUCAUACCAUGCCCGAUCAAAGAGUACCGGUCACGGCUUCAAUGCAACCUACCAGGUCAAAGGAUUCUGUCUCCCAUGGGAACACACUUGCGGUAGUGAUGAGACAUGCUUCUCCGACAGCCAGCGCUGUGAUGGGUGGUGGCAUUGCCCCAAUGGCAGAGAUGAGGAGAAUUGCCCAGCUUGUCAGGUCAACGAGUAUCCUUGUGAAGGAGGGAGUGGACUCUGCUAUUCAUCUCUGGAUCGCUGUAACAACCAGAAGAAUUGCCCAGAUGGCUCUGACGAAAAGAACUGUUUUGCGUGCCAACCGGGAAACUUUCACUGUGGCACCAACCUGUGUAUCUUUGAGACAUGGCGCUGUGAUGGGCAGGAAGAUUGCCAGGAUGGAAGCGACGAACAGGACUGCCUUGUUAUUGUGCCUAGAAAAGUCAUCACAGCGGCGCUCAUUGGGAGCCUUGUGUGCGGAUUGCUAUUGGUUAUAGCUUUAGGAUGUGCGUUCAAACUCUAUUCACUGCGGAGCAGGGAGUACAGAGCAUUUGAAACACAGAUGACGCGUCUAGAGGCGGAGUUUGUGAGACGUGACGCUCCACCCUCCUAUGGGCAGCUUAUUGCACAAGGGCUCAUCCCCCCCGUUGAAGACUUUCCAGCAUUCAGUGACUCUCAAGUCUCCAUGUUACAGAAUAUUCGAACAGCCAUGAGGCGACAAAUGAGACGACACUCUUCCAGGAGAGCCUCUUCUAGGCGUCGUUUAGGACGACUUUGGAACAGAUUGUUCCACAGACCACAUGCAAGAGGACAAAUCCCACUUCUGACACCAUCGUUACUUUCACAAGCAAGAAUCAGUGAGACUGAUCUCAGCAUAAAUGAAGAAAACUGGCAGAGUCCAUCAACACCUCCGGAAAGAUAUGACACACAAACACAAACUAAUGACCAGGAGGCUACAAGUGACUUGUCCAUCAGGGAUUUGCAUCUUGAUUUGGGAGCUGUAGACCAGUUCCCUUUACGUGUCUUACAGGACACAUGCACUGAUUCAAAUUCACAGACUCCGACAGAACUGUUUUUUGCAGAUUCGCGCUCCAGCGAACCCACUCACAGUUAUUUUAAUCCAGCCAUAUUGGAGGAGAGAGGAGCAAUGAGUGGAGACUCUCUAAUCACUGAACUCCCUGGAUCCUUAUGUUUGGUGCCUCUAUCAAAAAGAACUACAUCUAAUAUAAGCAAUAUAACUCCUAGCCAUCAACAGACAAAUGAACGCUUGCCUUUGCCUUUCAGGAAUCUGAAUUCCAAUAACAUAGACUCAGUAAAUGUCCAAAUUCAGGUGAAUGAUAAUCCACGCUGCUGUGUAACCCCAUAUCAGGAACCAUUGGGGGUACAUGUUGAUUGUUACAGCCCAGUUGAAAUGCCAACACCGCAGACCUCUCAUCCCCUCUCGGACACUAGUGAUGACGAACACUUACUGGUUUGCUAACAAGAACUUAAUCGCUGCUGUUUCUGGUCCUAGAUUUUUGUUUUGUUUUUUGUAUUUCUGACCAGCAGCAUCUAUUUUUAUAUAAAACAUUCUGCUAUAAGUAAUUUCUGACUUCAAAGUUAAUCUAUACCUAAAACAAUCCCAUGCGAAAGAAUAUGUGACACACGUAUGUAUGAGUAAAAUUUUUAAUUCCUGUUUACAGGUGGGGAAGUAUUUGACCUGUUGCACGUGGUCUUUAUACCUUUUUAUUUCCUGUUAUUGUAGCUGCUGUAAGAUGAAGGAGGAAAUGACAAGUGCAACUAGAAACAUCUUCCCCCAUCAAUUUAAAAUCUCCAAAGAAUGGAAAUGUGUUAAACUAUGUAUUAAUGAAUGGUACAGAAAGGCGAUCGGAGCC